AUGGGUCGUGCUUUAUUCCUUCAUAUUUAUGAUGCUGUACAAAGGCACGACAAUUACUUCGUCCAACGAAGAGAUGGACUCGGUAAUCUUGGGUUAUCGGGUCUACGAAAAGUAACAGUUGUAUUUCGAAUGUUGGCAUAUGGUGUACCGGCAAAUGCUAUCGACGAGUACAUCAAAAUAGGAGAAUCUACUGCUUUGGAAAGUUUGAAACGAUUUUUCCAUGUAGUUGUCGAGGUCUUUGGAACCCGCUAUCUCCGAUCACCUAACGCUGAUGAUGUUGCAAGGCUACUACACAUUGGUGAAAGUCGAGGUUUUCCAGUAAUGUUGGGUAUUUUAGAUUGUAUUUCUCCACCCGCUAAUUAUGUCAUUAAAGGGAAAGAGUAUAAUAUGGGUUAUUAUUUAGCCGACGGUAUAUAUCCAAAAUGGUCUACUAUUGUUCAAACCAUUCAUGAGCCACUUGGUCCGAAGAAACAAUUAUUUGCUCGAAAACAAGAAGCAUGUAGAAAAGAUGUAGAACGUGCAUUUGGAGUAUUACAAUCAAGAUUUGCCAUUGUGGUAGGACCAGUACGUCUAUGGAAUAAGAGGAUAUUACAUGAUAUAAUGAAUUCAUGUAUUAUUAUGCAUAAUAUGAUAAUAGAAGAUGAACGCGACUUUAAUGCACCCAUUGAAGAACGACUCGAAGUGCCAAAUCCAAAAGUCGAGAUAGUGGGUAAUGACGAUGCUCGAUUUCAAGAAUUUCUAGCUCGACAUAGAAAAAUCAAAGAUAAGGAUGCUCACAUUGCACUUCGAAAUGCAUUAAUUGAAAACUUGUGUGAUGAUAUAGUAUCGGAAAAUUAG